AUGUCUAGAACGCCGAACAACACGUCCGGGACGCCCACGGGCGCCAGUAGUGUGCGUCCACCAAAUGGGGCCAGUCUACCGACGCGCGGCAUGCCGACGGGGUCGCCUAGCGUCCGGCCAGGUCUCGCAUCGUCCUCCGGUACGCCCCCGACAUCCAACACCCUCCCUGGCGCGUCGAGUGGGCUAGAGGAACGCCUGAUGGUCACCGUCCGCGUCCGACCACUGAGUGAUUCAGGCGAACCGAACUGUAUCCAGGCGCAGCCCAAUAGGUCCCGGUCGCUGCUAUUCGACGACGGUUCCCGCAACAAACCAAAGAAAUACAACUACGAUUGCGUCUUCGGUGAAGCUUCCACGCAGGAGGAAGUGUACGCGAUUGCGGUGGCACCUCUCGUCCAGGACGUCCUGAACGGCUACAAUGCGGCGGUAUUCGCGUACGGUGCGACCGGUUCCGGCAAGACGCACACCAUGCUCGGUCCGAACGUCAAAAAGCCAGCGCCGGGGACCGGCCUCAGCUCGCCAUCCUCCGACAGCCCCGGCUCGGACACGCCGGGCAGUGCCGGAGGACAAGUCCCCGGGAGUACGCCGGCCAACAUGGUGCUACCAAGCAGCGGGCUUAUGAUCCGGGCCGUGGCCGACAUUUUCAACUUCAUCGAGCAGCAGCCUGUCGGAGCGGAUAACUUUACGAUAUCGCUGUCCUACCUGGAGAUCUACAACGAGCUGAUCCGCGACCUGCUGAACCCGGGUGGGCCGCUGGAGCUGCGCGAGGACCACCGGGGAAACCAGUCGGUGGCGGGUCUGUCGGAGGUGACGACGGCGAGCCGGGCCGAGGUGGUGCAGCUGCUGCUGAAGGGUAAUCGGGCGCGCACGGUGGAGCCGACGGCGGCCAACCAGACGUCGUCGCGCAGCCACGCACUGUUGAGCAUCACCGUGCAGCACCAGACGGCGGCCGGGACGCGCCAGGGCCGCCUCUUCAUGACGGACCUGGCCGGCUCGGAGCGGGCCCGCAAAACGAAGAACCGCGGCAAACGGCUGCAGGAGGGGGCGCACAUCAACCGCAGCCUGCUGGCGCUCGGCAACUGCAUCAACGCGCUCGCCGGCGGCGCCCGGUACGUCAACUUCCGCGACUCGAAGCUCACCCGCCUGCUGAAGGAGGCGCUGAGCGGGCGCUGCAAGACGGUGAUGAUCGCCCACGUCGCGCCCGAAGCGAAGCACCGGGACGAGACGAAGAACACGCUGGUGUACGCCGACCGGGCGAACCACAUCACGACGCGCCUCCAGGAGCCGACCAUUCUGGAGGUGGAGGCGGCCCGCGACGCCCUACCGAUGGCGCACUACCAGAACCUGGUGGCGGAGCUGCGCGAGGAGGUCGGCCGGCUCAAGAUGAAGAUGCUUACCGAGCGGCCACGCAGCGGUGCCGCCCUCCAGCGCCAGCAGCAGCAGCAACAGCAGCGGGAGCCGGACCACCACCAGGACGUGGUGCUGCCUUCCAACGAGGAGCUGGUGAAGAAGGCCGAGCUCAAGUUCCUGCGCGAGCAGAUCGUGCAGACGUUCAAGCAGCAGAUGAAGCUGCGGCGUCGCCUGCUGGAGGCGGACAGCCACCUGCUGGGGCUGGAGCUGGAUGCCGAGCGGCAGCACAUGGUCAUUUCGCACUGGCAGAGUCGCCAGGGCAAGCUGUACGACCGGCUGGACGAAGAGAUGGAGGACGGUUCCGACUCGGAGGGAAGCUCCGCCCUGCGGUCCGCCUGGAGCGAGCUGGCCUCGAUCGAGAAGGAAGUGAAACGCUACCGGCAAAUACGGGCCACCACCGAGCACGAGCUGGAGGAAUGCCGGAAGCGAGGGGUAGCACUGGAAGAUGAACUCCCCGAGCGCAUCAGUAGCGACGAAGAGCGCGAACUGCUCUCCCUGCUGUGCCGUGUCCACGAGCUCGAGGCGGACAAGGUGUCGCUGCAGGCGGAACGGAUGGCCCGGCAGGCGGAGUUGCGGCGCCGUGACCUACAGCUGCUGCGGGCCGAAAGACAGCGUCGCCUGUGCGAGGACAUCAUCAGCACGCAGCGACGGAUCAUAGAAGAAGGUAAGGUGGAACUUCCCGACGACCUCCGGGAGCUGUACGCGCUGUACCAGCAGGAGAUACACGCUAGCACCUACACCGCCGGCACGCACACGGCCAGCACCGGCGGAACGAGAGGCGUCACGCUGUACGACACGAAGCUACCGCCGAUUUUCGGCUCCGAGCGAGGAAUCUACUCGGCCGGCAGCUCCAGCUCGGGCUCGGAGUGGUCACCACCGUCACCCUUGCCACCAGUCGACUCCGAGGGCAACACGGUCAACCCGGACCGGGCAAUGGGCCCCCCGGUCGGGCCACGGCUUCCGUCCAUCAAUCGGCUGCGGGAUAGCUACGGCAGCACGCAGAGCAGCGCCUCGAGCGACGAGUAA